UUGAUGCUAGUGCACAGGUUCUUGAUAGGUUAAGGAAAAGAUCUAAGCCAUCGCUCCCGAAUCCUGAUGAACUUGCUGCAUUCCUUGAACAAUCUCUCGCAGAUGAUAUAAAGAUCCCCCUUCUCAGGGAUGAGUUUGAUACCUUCCUCAUACCUGAUUUUAAAGACCCAUGCACAGCUGAAGACCUAGAGAUUCUAUUUCGUGUCAGCAAUGCUGAGAGUGCUUAUUCUUUCAUUACUAGUGUGCUUGGCUCUGCAAUUAUGACCUCCUCACCUCCACUUGAUGGGACUGAGUAUUCAUUUGUCACAUUUUGGGACAUCAAUAUUCGAAGAUUUCUUGAGACUUUCUUUUCAAGUGGUCGUUCUGUCCGAAAUACAAACCAACACAUGAGCACUAAUAACAUGUGUCCAGACUUUGGUUUCAUUCUAAACCAAGUGUGCCCAUUUAGGGGGGAGGAAAAGGCUCCUCAUAGUAGGGAAGAGGUGUGGACUGAGCUUGUGGAUAAAAUUGAAUGGACUUAUGAUCCAGCUCCAUAUGUCUUGGGUUACUAUGCUAUUGGACCAUCAUUAACCUAUGUUGCUCUUUGCCGGCCACAACUUGGAAGCCAUAAGCCAGAUAUUAUCACCAUUGGAACUGUUGACUUGAGUCUGAGGAAAGAACGUAUCUGUAAUUUGCAAAUACUCAUAAAUUUAUGCACUAUCAUUGAGCUGAUUCGGGAUGUAAUAGGGUGGCGCGAAACUGCAGAGUUCGUCCCUAUUGAGAGAGAAAAUAAAACAAUUUGUAUAACUGGCACAAGCAUCAAAAAGACUUACCAUGGUCCAGAUGGUGAACAGUGCAUCCAAAAACUCCGGAACAUCUAUAAUAUGCUCAGAAGCGAACAUGUGCCAAAUGUUGAUGAUCUUAUUCUUUCAUAUACAGAUAAUGAUCGUGGAUGUGUAGCAUAUCUUGCACCCAAAGGAAUGAGUGUUAGACCAAAUACCCAGAAGGAGCUGCUGGAAGCUAUUAUCUGUGUCCUCGAGGCACUAAGUGUUAUGCAUGAAGCUGAGAUGCCUAUCUUUCAUAGAGAUAUAAGGUGGCCAAAUAUAGUACGAUUGCAUGGGUCACAAUGGAUGUUAAUUGACUGGGAUGAUGCUUCCAGUAUGCCCACUCGUGCUGCAUCACAUCUUGAACGUGCAAACCAUGCACCUGAAGUGUUUAAUGAUGAUCAUAAAGGGGAAGUUGACAUUUGGAGUGUGGGAAAGCUAAUAAAAGAUGCAGCUGUAUGGAUUCUUGACCUGUCAGCUGAUGUUGUGGAAAGAGGCAGAUGGAUGUGGGAAACAAAACCAAGACCAACUGCUGUUGAUGCUUUGAAAGCAAUACAGGAUGUUUAUAGGACAAUGUGUGAUCAAAAAAUUUAA